CGUAGAAAUAAAUGACAAAUCACCGGGUUUAUUGCCCCAUUAAUUAUUGUUUGUAGUUGUUGUAGCCUAUGAUAUAAAAAUGCUAUUGCUAUAACGAAAUAAUCUUAAAUACUAAGAAUAUUAUAAGAAUUUCAACCAACCAUGGGACAUCGUAAAACGGUUGAUUUUACCCUAUCUGUACCCUGGGGAAUCAUUGCAGGGAGAACAUAUGGCGAGGAGAAUGAUGUCCCUGUAUUGUGUGUUCAUGGUAGAACAGAUAAUUUGGAAUCAUUCUCUCCACUGAUACCCCUACUCCCUCACAACCACUAUUAUGUAUGCAUUGAUCUACCUGGGCAUGGAAAAUCUAGUCACCCACAUAAAGGUUAUAUUGUUGAUUUUGUUUGGUACGUUUUUAGUGUGAAAAGGAUUAUCAACCACUUUCGAUGGUCAAAAAUAUACUACUUAGGACAUAGUUUUGGAGGCCAGAUAGGGUACGUACUUACAGCUUUUUAUCCGGAACUUGUUUUGAAGCUGGUUGUAAUAGACAGCCUAAUAUAUCAUCAUCUUCCUCCUGCAAACACUUCAAGGGCUUUGAGAGAGUUACUAUUUGAUGCACACUUUAAGCUCGAGAGCAGAUCUAGUAUUGAUCAAGCUCCUACAUAUACAAUUGAUGAGUUUGUACAAAAAAUGAUAGAAACCCGAAAAACUGAAGUUACUAGUGAACACAUCAGACCAAUAGCUGAACGGAACUUGGUCAAAGUAAACGAAUUUAAGUACAGAUAUGGUAAUGAUCAAAGGACUAAAAUACUAAAUGGUCUCUUCUUUACAUUUGAUCAGAUAAAGAACAUUGCCAAUGAGAUUUGCUGUCCCACAAUGCUGAUUCUUGGGAAUAAAUCUAAUGUCACCAAGCCGCAUGACAGGCUGACCCAUUCACCUUUACACAACAAUUCAAAUGCCACAUUCCACAUUAUUGAAGGAGAUCAUGAUCUUCACUUGGUUCAUACUCCUCAGGUAGCACGUCUAGUCUCUACAUUUCUUACCAAAGGAACACUGAGCAAGCUUUAACCAAAAGGUACCGUAGCAGGUUUGUGUAAUAUAUUGUGUGAAGCCAUUCCAAAAAAGGUUAUAGUAUAAAUCUAUAAAAUGCAUACAGCUUUCUAUAAAUUGAAGUUACAUAGUUAUAUGAAUUUAUCCUUUACAUUAUUGUAUAUAAUGUAGUGACUCUAGUGAUUCUACGAGUAGUAUGACACAAUUCCAUGGUUGUAGAAAGGAUUUGUAUCUGUUAGGUAACUAAUGAGCUGAUCAUAUGGUAGAACCACACAUUUAAGUUUAGUAACAACAGUGAUUAUAUAUAGCCAGAAAAAUGAUAAAACAAACAUCCUGCUCAUUAUGUACAUUCUGGAUUAACUUAGAUACCGUAGGUUUUUAUUAGCUUAUGUGUAAAGCUUAUUUUAAAAGAUGAUGAGGGUGUUGACUUCACUUGAGUUUUGAGACCAAAUACAGAAUUUCCAAAAUAACACUUCAAGUUAGGGCAUCUUUUAUUGGUGGAAUGGACUUUGAUAGGGUCUUAACAGGUAACUAAUGAGGUGAUCAUAUGGGAGAACCACACAUUAAGUUUAGUAACAACAGUGAUUAUAUAUAGCCAGAAAAAUGAUAAAACAAACCUCUAACCGUGGGAAAUAAUAAAAAUAAAAAAAUAAAUAACACUUAGGCUUGUUUCACAUCUACCCGGCAUGCUGUUAACCUGACUUCUAGUCGGCACCGGGUGCACCUUUCACAUUACGCUCACACCGGCACUCCGGCAGUUGUACUCUAGCUUGUGAAACGUGUGUCUUAGGGAUGGAAAUGGAACUUAAUAGAGCAAAUUGUAAUGUUACUUUGAAAUAACUUUUAUUAAAAUUGUAUUUAUAUUUGGAUUUUUUUUAUUUCAUUCAGUUUGAAUUUAAGUAAAAUUCAAUUCAAUGUUAUGUAAUAAAAAAUUUAAAAAAUUGAGUAAAAAUUUAAUUUAGUUCAAAUAAUUCUGCUCUUGAACUAAAUUAAUAAGUAGUUCAUGGUCUAUUUCCGACAUGGCCAAAACUUUGCGAACAAAUACCCAAAAGAAAUACACAAUAACUACAAACAACUGAACUAAAAGUACACUUGGUGAAGACGGCAGGUGCCGGUUGUAUGUGAACAGUCACAUUGGGCCGCUAUACCCACAACUCCAGCUGGCUUGUUUACCUGACACCGGCAGUAGGCCAUUGCCGAGGGGGCACCCGGCAUCCCUCGACUAAUACCUGGCAGCCGGGCAAAUGAUUAACCGUCAUCGACACAUGUCGUGCAUAUGUGAACGGUCCCAUAUACUUCUUCAUCCCAUUGCCGGUUAAACGACAUCCGGCACCCGACAGCCGGGUAGAUGUGAAACAGGCCUUAACUUUAUUUGUUUCAACUGAAAAAGGAUUCUAUUUUUAUCCCAGUCCUGAGCAUUAGGUCUACUAUUAAAUCCAAACUAAGAUAUGAGUGUAUUAAACAAAGUGUUUCUAACUUAAGCCUUCUAAAUAGUACAUAAAUAAUGUUAUGAAUCACCAAACAUUCAAGCUCAAUAAUAUAGAGAGUAACCAUAGUUAAGCUCAAUAAAAUUACUUUUUGUAUAUUGUGCUGUAAAAAUCCUUUCAUAUAAAUUGUCCAGUUGAGUUAAAAUGUUAUUUAUAUAUUAACAGUUCAAUAUUUCCUAUUUAAUAAAUAAAAGUUUUUAAAUACA